ACAAGGUUAUGGUUCAAAUCUAUCACAGAAUAAAAAUUGUUUGGUUAUAUAGAAUAUUGUUUGACUUGUCCUUCAGAAUGUUGUUUGCGAAGGCAGUGUUUGUGAUCGCUGUUAUUAAUGCCUGUAAUGAUUGCGAUCUUGAUUUUCAUGUCAUAGAUUUGACUCAUACUUUUGGACCGAUGGAGGUUAAAUUUCCAGAUCAGCCUCCAUGGAACUUUACAAUAUUGACCAGAGGAUUCAACAGACGUGCUCAAAUUUGGCAGGAGUACAACUACAUUGGUUUGUCUGAACAUACACUUACACAUGUUGACGCACCUGGACAUAAUUAUAGAAAUAGAGAGCGCAUGCAUGAAGUUCGUAUUGAAAAUCUAAUAGGUCCAGCUGUCAUAAUAAAUGUGAAAAGGAAAGUUGCAAUGAACCCUGGAUAUGGUCUAACAAUAAGGGAUCUUAUAGACUGGGAAGCUCGAUAUGGCAGAAUACCUUGUGGUGCAUUUGUAAUAAUGAACAGCGGUUGGUCAAGGAGAUACCCAUACGCGAAUAGAGUAUUCAAUACUAAUAAUAUCUCAGAUGCAUCAAGCUUUUUAUUCCCAGCUUGGACUGUUGAGGCAGCUGAUUGGCUUCUUUCUAACAGACGCAUCAAAGGUAUUGGGACAGAUACGCCAUCACCUGAUCUUAGAAGUCAGCCGCAAAGAUUUCCGGUUCAUGAACGCAUAUUCCGUGAUUCUGUACUAGCACUGGAAGCGGUGGCUAACUUAGAUAAUGUUCCAUGUCGUGGUGCAACUAUUUUUGUACCUGCUUUGAAAAUAUUUGAAGGAAGUGGUGCGCCAGCUAGAAUGUUUGCAACAGUACCAAGGCGUAAAUGUAAAAGGAAAUCACAUAAAUAAAUAUAUAUUUUAAUAUUUUAAUCGUAUAUAAUCUUGUUUUCAGGUGGCAAGCACAUUGAAUAACGACAAUUAUUGUCACCUUUCACUCUAUUUAACAUUUGUUACUUUUAAAACAGAGAAUGCCAAUCACACUAUCAUUUUAAUGAAUCGGUAACUCCGAACAUGCAUAUAAACAUGACACAGCUUGCCUGACAAAACAAGUGCAUUGAAAAGAUACUUAGUACCUCUAAAUGCAAAUAUAUAAGGCGGUGUACACUUGUUUUGGACUAGAGCUAUUAUAUAAAGUUCGUAUUAACCUGUCAAAGACAGUUUUUAGUAUUUGUAGAUAAUCUUAACAAUAGACAAUAAUUGCAUAAUCCGUAGAUGCAUGUAUUUUUUAUUUUUUUUUAUUUUGUGUUAAUUCUACUCCAUAAAUAAUUCA